AUGUUGACUCCUAAAUUAAAUCGUCAUUUGAAGCUAUCAUUAUGCACUUGUUUACUGUCAUUUCAUCAAUUUGUCGUUGGAUCUUCUUUUAUAUUCUCAUCUAUCCUUUUAUCCAAACUAAAAGAACCAACAUCUACAAUAAAAAUAACACAUGAAGACGGCUCAUGGAUUGCAAGUGUACCGAUAUUAAUAUGCCCUAUCGGUUUACUUGUAAUCGGAAUAUUGUUAGAUAAAAUUGGCAGAAGAAAAGCUCUCCAAGUUAGUUACAUACCAAUAAUGAUAAGUUGGCUGGUACUCGCAUACGCCAAUAGUUUAAAAACUAUUAUGAUCGGAAGGAUUAUACUGGGAACUACAUUUGGUUCGGGGUCGUGCGUGUUCUUGUACGUGGGCGAAGUGUCGCCCACCGAGUACCGGCCGCUGUACAUGUCGUUGGUGACCGUGUUCGUGGGCAUGGGCAUGAUGUUCGAGUGCGUGAUGGCCUUGUACUUCCACUGGAAGACCGUGUCGCUGAUAAUGUUCGUGAUCAGCGCCGUCAACAUCGCGGCGAUGUUCCUGGUGCCGGAGUCGCCCGUGUGGCUCCGGGCGCACGGCCGGACCCGCGAAGCGGAAGCGGCCGAGGCGUGGCUGGGCAUGGAACAGCCGGCCGCGACCGCCGUCCCGGCGCCGGUCACCGCGCUGGCCGUCAACGGCGACGAGCACAUGUGCGCCGCGGACGGCGCCCCGGCCGCCGGCAAGUCGACCGCGGCCGCGUACUGGACGCGGUUCACCGGGCCCACCGUCUGGAAGCCGACCCUGAUAACCACGCUGUUCUUCAUCUGCCAGCAGGGCAGCGGGUUCUACGUGCUGCUGUUCUACUCGGUGGACGUGUUGCGCGACUGUCGCGUCCAGUGGGACGGCGUCACCGUCACCGCGUUCCUGUCGCUGUCCCGCGUCAUCGGCAGCGUCGUCUACUCGUUGCUGCACCACGUCCAACGGAAGACGAUGGUCGUGGUGUCCGGCGGCGGAAUGGGCCUGUCGCUGACCGUCAUCAUCGUCUACAUGCACUUGUACAACGACAUGGCCUCGCCGCCCUACGGCGCGGUGCUCAUCGUCGCGUUCACCGCUUACGUGUUCUUCGCCCUGUUGGCCAUGCUGCCGAUGCCCUGGGCCAUUUGCGGAGAGGUGUUCCCGAUGGCCGUCAAAGGUGUUAUGGGCGGGAUCGUACAAUCUUGUGGAUAUGAAUUAAUGUUUCUAAUCAUCAAAAUAUACCCUGCAUUUGUGUCGAAAUUCGGAGUAAAAUUUGUCUGUUCAGUAUUCACAAUAUUCAGUUUUACAAGUGCAUUGUUUGGUGCAUUUAUAUUGCCAGAAACAAAAGGAAAAUCUCUCAACGAAAUAUUAUCAUCAUUUGAAUCCCGCAAAAAAUCAAUGAAAAAUAACCUGCCUUAAUAAUAUGGUAUACUUAUU